AAAAGAAAGAGUAUGAGUGCAAUGAGUGUUAAAUGAUUUAAAGAUGACAUAAGUGGGUUGGUAACUGAGGGCAAGAUGAAAGCGUAUAGGGGAUCUUUUGGGUAAAAGUACUGUAAUUUAAUUUGUAUUUCAUAUGGACAUUAAAUAUAUUUAAAUAUUUUCAAUAGCGUUGUUAAAAUUGCAGUGAAAACCUUUCACCAUCAAAUUAAAACUAAUCAUGUUAAUACGGAAACGUCGAAACUUCUGAUAGUUCGGUUUUUAUUGUGAAAGUAGGUAUGCUAUUUCCUACUUAAGUACGUGUAUGUAUUACAGCUCAUAAAUUAAAUUGUGUAGGUGUAUUACUCACUAUAUCUUUUAUCGUAAGUGAUAAGAUAAGCCAAUUCGAAAUUUCUUUGUUUCUGAUAUUCGUUAGUAUAUUAUUUAUUUAUUAAAAGGUGUAAAAGACAUAUUGUGAAUAAAAAUGGGUUCUUCAAAUUCUGUACAAGGUAUAACCGAAUAUUUAUUAGACGAAUAUACAGAAUUAACUUUUUUAACAAGAGCGGAAAUUUUGUAUUUGUUUAAACAAUUUAGAACCUUAGCUCCCAGAGAAUUAGAUAUAGACAUUUACCACCGAGUUCCUGUAAAUUUUAUUAAAGAACUGUGUCCACAACUCAAGUAUAAUCCUUUUCGGGAUCGAAUAUUUCGGGUAUUUUCGUCAUGUAAAGAUGAAAAGUUUUCUUUUGAAGACUUAUUGGACUUAUAUUCUGUAAUGUCUGAAAAUUGUCCGGAUUCUGUUAAAGCAGCAUGGGCUUUUAAAAUAUUAGAUUUUGAUGAUGAUGGAGAAGUUGGAGAGGAAGAUUUAUAUACUGUUAUCGAUCGUCUAACGAAAGGUAAUGAUCCUGCAAGAGUCAUCGAUCCUAACGACAAGCAUCACAUAGUUUCAGUGAUUUUAAAAGAGCUGGAUCUACAAUCCAAUGGGUGCAUUGGAAGAUUAGAAUUCGAACAUGCUGUUGGAAAGAUGUCUGAAUUUCCCAGUUCAUUUUCAUUUAGAACUUAAUAAUUCUUUAUUUAUGCUAAUAGCAAUCAUUUGGCAU